UCUGAUGCAGCUCGCAUCCGAGGUUAGCAGAGACAUUGAUUCACACCUCACACAAGGACAAGGCGAUCAUGAGGAACAGUUAUUUGGGAAGGUGGAAGUUGAUGUUCACAUUGAUGCUUCUGCAGACAAGUUUCAUGAAUUGAUGACCUCCAAGCCACACCACAUUCCUAAUAUUUCUCCUGCCAACGUUCAACAUGUUGCUACAGAUGCAAACUGGGGCAAACUCGGUUCUGUCAUUACCUGGCACUAUGUCCAUGAAGGGAAAAACUGUGUGGCCAAGAGAGAAGAUCCAUGCCGUAGAUGCGAGCAAGAACUUGAUCACUUUCAGAGUUGUGGAGGGAGAUAUCCUGAAGGAUUUCAAGAGCAUGGCCAUAACGCUGCAGGCAACUCCAAAGGAUAAAGGGAGUUUGGUGCACGUCACCAUGGAAUAUGAGAAGCUGAAAGGUCACAUUCCUGAUCCUCACACUCUUACAAAGUUGGUUGCUGAUGUUACCAGAGACAUG